GUGUCUGUUGACCAUGAUGUGCCUAUUUGAAGAAACUCUGUUGCAAUGCCCCUUGGGGCAUCACCAUAAUCUUUUGGCCGUACUCCUCCUUUUCUAUUGAGUGUUACAACUGCGAUCCUCACCAUCAUUGCUUGGCAUUUGUACGUGUGUGUGCAACAGAGGUUAAUACUGUCUGUGUGUUAUUAAUCAGUCUGCGUGUCUCUCCAGACACUGGGUUAUUAGAUACUGUCAGCUUGUGCACUAAUCAGUCUGUGUCUCCUCUCUCUCCAGGCAAUGUGGAUGUGAGACUAGUCAAUGGUGCCAAUCCUUGUGAGGGGACAGUGGAGAUUCACUAUAAAGGAGAGUGGGGGACACUAGCUUACUAUGACUGGGAUAUCAGAGAUGCCACAGUGGUGUGCAGGCAGCUGGUCUGCGGCCAUGCUGUAUCAGUGCCAAUACAGGGCCAAUUUGGACCAGGGUCUGGAGCUGUCCUGCUGACCUCAGUCUUCUGCAACGGGACAGAGUCUUCCCUAAAGGAGUGUACAAUCAUUGAAUUGAAGCACCGUGGUUACCCCCACACCGUGGAUGCUGGGGUGAUCUGUUCAGGCAUCGCGGAGGUGAGGCUGGUAAAUGAGGGCAGCCCAUGUGCUGGGACGGUGGAGUUUUAUCACAAAAGGCGCUGGAUGAUCAUCGAUCACGUGGGCUGGGACCUCCUCAGCGCCUCGGUCGUGUGCAAGCAGCUCGGCUGCGGUCCGGCCCUCUCCGCCGAUCCGGGCCGAUCCCACUCCGGGACCGAUCCCGGAGCGGCGGUUCUGAGUGGCGUGUCCUGCGACGGAUCCGAGUCUGCACUGCAGUACUGCCGGCCCGGUAAAGUCAGAGAACAACAGCGCGUCAGCUGGGAGGCUGGAGCGGUUUGCUCAGGGCACCAUGCGGCCAGGCUGGCGGGAGGCUGGGAUCGCUGCUCGGGGAGGCUGGAGGUGCUUCGCGGGACGACCUGGGGCUCCGUGUGCCGCUCGGACUUCGACCGGCCGAGCGCCGAGGUCGUCUGCCGGGAGCUGCACUGCGGGACCCCCGAAAAAGUGGGGCGGGCGUCUUAUUUCGGGAGAGGGGGCGGCCCGGUGUGGUCAGGGGCGCUCCGGUGCCGAGGCAACGAAUCUCGGAUUUUCUUCUGCCCGCCGUCGCCCACGAACACGACGAACUGCACCCUGGGAGAAGAGGCAGGACUGGUGUGCGCUGGGAGGGACGGCCUCUUCGGCAUCACCUCCACCUUCUACCGGGUGUACGCCGCCCUGGUGGUCUGCGGGCUGCUGGGGAUGAUCUCGGCAGUCGCUUUGGCGAGGACGAAGUCGAAGCGAAAAGGCGAUGGAGCGCGAGAAGAUCUCCCGCGCUGGCGCAGAGGGAGGAGAUUCCACCCACCCCUCCGCUAUUUUGACCGCUGCAUCCAGUUCAGGGCGGCGGCGGCGGCCGACCCUAUCCCAGCAUGCACCGGGACGGCCGAUCCCCCCUCUGCAAAGUCUGAGUGACAACGGAACUCGCCCUCGAUCCUGUGCGGACCGCGAGACGCGCGGCGCUUGUCCUGCUCUUUCGUUUUUUGUGUGUUCUCCCGCUGUCACGCUUGACGCAAGUUCCCCGGCCGGUCCUCCAUACUGAACACAACCAAGGAGGAGUUCAAUGGAGACCGAGAGAACGGCCUCUUCGCCCGGCCUGCGUGCUGUCCGAACUGUUCGGUCUUGAAGACUGUAAUGGAAGCUACCGAGAAAAAGCGUUUUAUCCUAAAGAUGUUGUUUUACGGACAGAGCUGUGCUGCAGAAGCAGCCGGAUACUCACAACAAAGUGGGAGAGCACCCCAGCUUGUCAAGGGCACGGGGCGUUUGAAUCAUGUUUCUCUCUGCCGCUUGAAGAAGGGAGUGUGAGAAACUAUUUUAUUAACUGCUCUUCUUUGUUGAAAGCAAAAACCCAUCAGGAACGGAAAAUGACUGCUUCUCCUGUCCUUGAAGCGUUGCGU